AUGGUGAAGCAGACGAUCCAGAUUUUCGCCAGGGUGAAGCCCACUGUCCGGAAGCAGCCGCAAGGGAUUUAUUCCAUAGAUGAAGACGAAAAAGUAGCACCAAGCUUGGAAAUUAUCUUGCCUCGUGAUUUGGCAGAUGGAUUUGUGAAUAAUAAGCGAGAAAGCUACAGAUUUAAGUAA